GUAACGAGUGGACGCAAACGAGAAACUCUCACUGGUAAUGCUACUCUCCACCUCUACCCCCAUUUUGAACCCCUGCGCAAAAUACAUGGGGUCACUGACUACCUUACCACUGAGGUGUCGACAUCGAAGCAGAAGAAGUUUCCGCUGGUCACUUUCAUCGACUCCCCUGGCCUCGUCGAUGGGGACAUGAAGUAUCCAUUCGAUGUCAACAAGGCUAUCCUCUGGCUUGGUGACCUGGCUGACCUCAUCUUCGUGUUCUUCGACCCCAUCGGUCAAGCGUUGUGUAAACGGACAUUGAACAUUGUCGAGAAGCUGAGUGAGAAACAGGCUGACCGGAUGCGAUUCUACUUGACCAAGGCUGACGAGUCCGGACACGAGAAUGACCGACAGCGGGUCAUGAUGCAAAUUGUCCAAGAAUUAUGUAAAAGGCCAGGCUUGAAUAGAACUGGCUUCGAUAUGCCGACCAUUUUUGUGCCAUCUUUAUGUGCACGAGUAAGUCCUCUCUCUUUUGUACUCCUUUCUGGUUGUUGUUGUUGUUGUUUAGCCACAGGUCAGUCCUGAUCCAGGCAGACCUAUCAUCCAAGAUGUCCCAGCUGUGACCAUCCUGUCUUUUAUCCAGACAUAGUGUAUCUAGGACUACAUUAUAUAAUGUGUCCUUCCUUGUUGCUAUAGUUUAGCCCCAGGUCAGUCCUGAUCCAGACAAACCUAUGAUCAAAGAUGCUCCAGCUAUGACCAUCCUGUCUUUUAUCCAGACAUAGUGUAUCUAGGACUACAUUAUCUAAUGUGUCCUUUGUUUC